CGAUUGCGAAACAUGAAUGGGUCCACAAUGGGAGACAGCGAAGUGAACAGGCGCAGGUGUCACACAGCUGACAGGAUGAUGACGACAGAGCAAUGCAGACGGAAGUGUGGGCGGAUUUGUCUGUUUGCUAUUCCGCUGCUGCUCGUCGUCCUCAUGUCUAUUGAUUCCACUGUGGGUGGCAAGACGACGACCAUUGUACGUCAUACGGACACAGUGGAGCCUCACUUGGAUGGCUUCUGGACGAAUAGGACCACUUGGAACGCACGCUGGGUCAAGUACUGGCGUGCCAAGCGCAUUUAUGAGCCCGUGUGGAAGAAGGUCUGGACACCGACCAUACUCAAAGAGUGGAUACCGCUGCCCAACGCCCCAGCGCCCGAUGCCUGGAAGGAGCAGAAGGACAAAAAUGAGCUGGACUCCUACUCCUAGGCUCACAAGACUGAC